AAUUCUAUUCUACGUCCUAUCUUCGCCGAAAUCACAGUGAAACCUGCACCCACAUGGAUCCCCAGAUCCAAUUUCCAGAACAACUCUCUUCAUUUCCUCCUCCGCAUUUUGUUCCCUGCCCUCCCCAGCAAGACCAUAAUGUAUUCCCCGACCCUAACGCUAAAUCGGUCACAAAUUUGGUUGAAAACCCUAACCCUAGCUCCAAUCACUAUCUUUCUUUCUCGGUCCCCAAGAAGAGAAGGCGUGGCAGGCCCCAACGGAGUCCCGCGUCCUUUCGUGUUCCUGUAGUUUUCAAUGGAGCUAUGAACGGUAAUAACAAUGAUCUCUCCCCAUACGGUUCUUCUUCUGCCACCUCAGUUUCAGUCAGUAAUCCGUCGGGUACAAGACCUGUCCCCGAUGUAUCUGAUGAGAUUAUUGUGAUAAACAAAGAACCCAAAGCUGAGGCCUUGAUUGCUCUCAGUGCUGGUUUUCCUGCCGAUUCACUUACUGAGGAGGAAAUUGAAGCUGGUGUUCUCCCCGUCAUCGGAGGAAUCGAACAAGUUAAUUACACUCUCAUUAGAAACCACAUUAUUGCUAAAUGGCGUGAAAACGUGACGAAUUGGGUCACUAAGGAAAUGUUUGUUGAUUAUAUACCUCAACACUAUCACACCCUUUUGGACUCGGCGUAUAAUUAUUUGGUCUCCCGUGGAUAUAUCAACUUUGGAGUUGCUCCCGCCAUAAAAGAGAAAAUUCCAGCUGAACCCAGUAAACCUAGCGUUAUUAUUAUUGGUGCUGGCCUUGCAGGGUUGGCUGCUGCACGGCAACUAAUGCGCUUUGGGUUCAAAGUGACAGUUUUGGAAGGUAGGAAGCGUGCAGGUGGGCGGGUUUAUACAAAGAAAAUGGAGGGAGGGAAUAGGGUGUCCGCGGCUGCAGAAUUAGGUGGUAGUGUUUUAACGGGUACUCAUGGGAAUCCUCUUGGAAUUGUGGCUAGGCAAUUAGGUUAUACGCUUCACAAGGUUAGAGAUAAGUGUCCUCUUUAUAGCGUGGAUGGAAAGCCAGUUGACCCGGACAUGGAUAUGAAGGUAGAAACUGCUUUUAAUCGAUUACUAGAUAAGGCAAGCAGGCUUAGAGAGUUGAUGGGUGAUGUCUCUGUUGAUGUGUCCCUUGGUGCUGCACUGGAAACAUUCAGACAGGUUUAUGGGGAUGCAGUGAAUGAUGAGGAGAUGAACUUGUUCAAUUGGCAUCUUGCAAAUUUGGAAUAUGCUAAUGCUGGUCUGCUAUCAAAUCUGUCACUAGCAUUUUGGGACCAAGACGAUCCAUAUGAUAUGGGUGGGGACCACUGCUUCUUGCCUGGAGGAAAUGUGAGGCUGGUUCAAGUUCUAGCUGAGAAUGUGCCUAUUUUAUAUGAGAAAACUGUACAGACUGUUAGAUACGGUAGUGAUGGAGUGCAAGUUAUUACAGGAAAUCAGGUCUUUGAGGGUGAUAUGGCAUUGUGCACAGUCCCUUUAGGUGUAUUAAAAGGUUCUAUCAAAUUUAUUCCUGAGUUGCCUCAGAGAAAGCUUGAUGGAAUAAAAAGAUUAGGUUUUGGUCUGCUUAACAAAGUCGCCAUGCUCUUUCCUCAUGUGUUUUGGGAGACAGAUCUGGAUACAUUUGGCCGCCUUUUUGAUGACCCAAGUCGUCGUGGAGAGUUCUUUCUGUUUUACAGCUAUGCAACAGUUGCUGGUGGACCCUUGUUGAUUGCACUGGUAGCAGGGGAAGCUGCCCAUAAGUUUGAGAGCAUGCCUCCUACAGAUGCAGUUACCCGAGUGCUUCAAAUUCUCAAGGGUAUCUAUGAACCAAAAGGAAUCAAUGUCCCUGAACCUAUUCAGACUGUCUGUACCAGAUGGGGUAGUGAUCCAUUCUGCUUUGGUUCUUAUUCGAAUGUUGCCGUUGGAGCUUCAGGAGAUGACUAUGAUAUUCUAGCAGAAAGCGUGGGAGAUGGAAGACUAUUCUUUGCUGGAGAGGCUACCACAAGACGGUAUCCUGCUACUAUGCAUGGGGCUUUUCUUAGUGGUCUAAGAGAAGCUGCAAACAUGGCCCACUAUGCUAAUGUUCGGUCCCUUAGAAUAAAGGUUGAUAGGACUCCUUCAAAUGCUCAUUCUUGUGCUUCCCUUCUUACAGAUUUAUUUAGAGAACCUGAUAUAGAAUUUGGGAGCUUUUCAGUCAUUUUUUCCCAGAAAAAUUCAGAUCCCAAAGCUCCAGCAAUUUUGAGGGUGACAUUUGGUGAGCCUAGGAAGAAGACUCAUGACCUUUCAAAACAAGAUCAGCAACACUCGAACAAGUUACUUUUCCAGCAGCUUCAGUCUCUUAAUCAGCAGCAGCAGCUUCAUGUUUACACUAUGCUAUCAAGACAACAGGUUCUUCAGCUAAGAGAGGUAAGAGGUGGUGAUGAGAUGAGAAUGAAUUACCUUUGUGAAAAGCUGGGAGUAAAGCUGGUGGGGAGAAAAGGGGUGGGACCUACUGCUGAUUCUGUCAUUGCUUCAAUUAAAGCUGAGAGGGGCAAUCGCAAGCCUAUUUCAAAGUCUAUUUCAACCUCCGCAGCUCUUAAACCAGGGAUGUCUAAGCUGAAAGCUGGUAUUAUGAAGCGAAAGAUGAUCAGAAAGGCAAAAGUGGUACACAAAAGUCAUGGGUCUGUACCUCCUUCUAGCACAAAUUUGGGGGGUGACAAAGUAUCAAGAGAGGUUAGCAUAAUGGAUCAAAAUCUCCCUGAUGUGCUUGGUGCAGGGAAAAAUCCUACUGAAGCGUCAAAGCAGUGAAUGAAUGGCUUUUCUUCCAUGGCUAAGAGGACCAAGACAUCGAUGGCAAUGUUCCAGGACCUUGGUAGUUGGCAGUUGGCACAAUCUUUUGUCAAAAUGACAGUGGGUGUUGCCCGUAGUCCAUAUUUCAUCCCUGAUGUAGCCGUCACUCUGUAACAUGCUUACAUCUUUGGCUCAAAUAUUCUUGGUGUUUUCGAUGGAUAAAUUAUAGGUGGAUUCGUUGUUUGUUUAAUAUUUUGGUGCCAUUCUUUGAUGCUGUCCCAGUGAUGGAUGCCAUAUCAUGAACUCUGAACAGAAACUUUGUCAUUGUCUUGUUCUCCACGACCACCAUCCUGAGGUGCCAGUAGUGGGGUUUUGAUGGCUACCCAAGAGCUUAACUUGUGAAUAAAGCACCAGUGAUUGGUUUCUUGGUGCUUAUUCCUCUUGCAAAUCAAGAGAGCUCGUGUCGAUGCUUGCACAGUGCAACUUUAAGACGGAAGAGAGGGGGAAAUAUUCUGGAAUUCUCAAGGAAAUAUUAUUUAUUUUGAAGUUGAGGAUGAUUGAGGAGGGUAUUAAUCUCAAGUUAUGACAUCGCUGUUCUUGAAUGAUGCAGCUUAAGUAUGUGCCUACUGGAGUUAUUGUGAUUUCGAUGCCUUUAGUCGCAAACGAGAAUUUCAUAAUGUAUGAGAUGUGACCAAGCUUUGUAAUUGUAUCCAGUGAAAUUCUUGAAAGUCGAAUGUAUAUUUCGUGUCAUUGAUCAAGUUACUUUAUCCUUUUUCAUG